CAUCUAGUCUGCCGGAAACGGACAGGCGGGGUUUAUGAACUUGGAGGGAACUUCAACACAAUAAACCAAGAAAGGAAAUCGAAGAUGAAAUGUGUAUUUAUCAAAAUUGCAAAACAUAAAUAAAUAAACGAAACCGAUCAAUCUCAAUUAAAUUGCAUCCGACGAGCACGAAAACUUGGAUUGCAUGCUUUUAGUUCGGUAGCUAAAGUAAAAGUUUUGAUGACCAGACGAAAUAUUGCAGAAGUACGCGAGUCAUGCAGCAUCGAAGCAAGACCAGUCUGGCAACACAGCUGUGCAAAGCUGUGAAUGACGGAGAACCAAGAACCGUGCAGAUUCUUCUCGCACAAGGAGCAAAUCCCAAUCUUGUCGGAAGUAAAGGUGUUGCUGCUGUGCAUUUGGCAGUUGGCAAAGAGACUGAGAAAAGUAUACGCUGCCUAAAGUUAAUUCUACAACAUGGGGCAGACCCCAACAUCCGGUCUUCGGAUGGCUUGACACCCCUGCACGUAGCAGCGUUAUGGGGUUGCUAUCAGAAUCUCAAACUGCUGUUAAAGAAUGGAGGGAACGCCAACUUAAAGGAUCAGGAAGGGAACAAACCAGGUGAUCUGGCACAACAACAGGACAACCGCAGAUGUGCCCACCUCCUUCAGGAGCACCAGUCUCAGUCCUUGGACACAGAGGAGGAAGAUCUGCCUCAAUUCCAAUACUCUGUUUACAAUGGCCAAGGUGACGCGUCAAGCUACGCUGAGUCCGAAGACUGCAGUGUUCUCUCUCACAGCAUGUCCUUGCUGAGUGACUUCGGGGAGGGCCCACUGAGUAGCACACGUCUGACCUCGUUUUUUGAACUGUCUGCUAUUAGCAACAGGCACAGUUGGAGAAGAGGAUCCCAUUCAGGGGCGUCUGAUUGUAAAUCUAACCCUGAGGUGCGCCACACCAACGAGUGGGACACGGACUCUGACUGGGAGCCUCCGUCAAUGUUAUCCAGCACUCGUAUGUCCGUCGCAGGUCCUAGAGCCGCACUUCCUGUACUUCGGGAGGACGUACCACUCGCUGACUGCAGUGCGCUGCAUCCGUCUGUAACUGGGAACAGACUCUCUCCUCCUCCGUUGGACCUCCUCCCUCCUUGCUUUUCACGACGCACGAGCCGCAAGAGUGUGAGCUUCAGAGAGGAAGUGGACGAAUACUUCCCCGUUUUUAGUUCAGAAUCUCAGAGGCGGGAGCCAGGGGGUCAGGGUACUGCCUACUCUAAAGACUAUACUCUCGACUUCUCGGAAUACUCAGAGUUCCUGGAUCCAGAGCGCAUGGCCACCGUCCUACAUCACCAGGGGAUCGACGUCACCUCCCCUGAACAUGUGUUUGUAUUCUCCAAGGAUAAUAAUGAGUGCACUGAGAUCGACAUGGAAAAAACAUUUGUUGGACACUUCCCAUUUGAGGAAGAGGACGGAGAAGUCGUUGAGACCCAGGUAGAAGAAGUGAAGGUCCCUGAACGAGCAUUAUGUGGCUCUGCUGGCAGCAGCAGCAGUAGCAGCGGCACUAGUCGGUACAGCAGCUGUGAUAGUGACCACUACAUUACGACCCUGGAGGCGUCCCCCAGGCGGGUCUCGCCCUCUGAAGAGGAGCGUAAAGUGAAAAGCAGAGGUGUCGAAGACGACAAACACACACAAAAUCCUAUGAACACUAACAAUGUAGAUACUGAUGAAACUCCCAACAGCUCAGAGAGGUCAAAACAAGCCAUGGUAGAACUACCAGCCAUGGUAGAUAACCUUACAUUGACUGACAAAAUAUCUCCAACCAAAGGUCCAGGUUGUGAAAAAAUAUUUCCAGAUGCUGUCUUAGCGGGUAAUGUUGAAGAGUUGUCAACAAGACCGACUGAAUGCACUCCCAGACCUGGUUCUACUCCAGCGUUGGAGGAGGACCUGCCUCUGACCCCAAGUCCCUUUGUCACUGGUAGGACGCACUCGCGGCUGAGUCGCUGCUCGGUCAUUAGCGGCAAGACCCCCGAAAGCCUCCUCUCCACCUCCUCGCUGUUUGAGCAGACCUUGCCUACGCCGACACGCACACGCCGCCAAAACAUCAAGUCGCAAGGCAGCGACAACGUCUUUUACGACACGCCAUGCGGGCGUAGUCGCACCCCAGUCUUUUCUGGAAACGGGACAGGUAGUACUUCUGGGGACUCAUUUGUCAUCUACGAGAGCCAAGAGCCUCAAUCUAGCACUCUCAGAGCCGAUAGAGGUCAAUGGUCAUAUGUCAGUGCCAGCCAAGCGGACACCCUCAUCAUCGCCAAGGACGACAGAGGUCAUGGAUCUUGUGUUAGUGCCAGCCAAGCGGACACCCUCAUCAUCGCCAAGGACGACAGAGGUGAGGGAUCUUGUGUUAGUGCCAGCCAAGCGGACACCCUCAUCAUCGCCAAGGACGACAGAGGUGAGGGAUCUUGUGUUAGUGCCAGCCAAGCGGACACCCUCAUCUCUAAAACCAUGGCUGACACAGUCAUCGUAACUCCAAGUUUAGCUGACAAAUUCUCUUUACUGGAUAAUUACUUUACUUUAAAAAAUCCUCACAAAGAGACUUUACCCACUUAUCUGAGAAAAGACGUUCUUGAAAGUGGUGAAUUUCUAACCGACGAUUUGUCCAGCUCCAGUGAUGCAGUGACCAAGGAGGGGACAGUUGGUAGCUUUGGACCAAGAGUGGAGGAAUCCUGGACCACAGAGGAGGCCGACUCAAGCUCAUCUUUGUCAAGUUCCCAGACUCCAUCUUCAUCCAGCUCCAGUUACUUCUCUCCAAAAAGAGAUCAGCCCCCAUCGACCCCAGGCACUACCCCGCGCUACAGCAUGAGUCGACUCUCCCGCGUCCACAAGCCCCAGCGGCUGGCCAGCCUCUCCUACACCCCAGGCGGACGUCCUGUGAUACCAGACCAGGAGGAACCGGUGGAGUACCUCUACACGGACACGGAGCAGGGUCACGAACUGAUCGAGACCCACGUCCCACCUGCGGCCAACACCUCGCUCAGCUCCAGCAUGAGCACGUCCAGCGGCGAGGACACAGUGCUGUACGACUGGCGCUCCCUGCAGGGUGGUGGAGGAACGGAGGCCAAAGGGAAGGAGAACCAGGAGCCCGUGGUGGCUCGGGAGUGGUCAGAGACCAAAUGCCUGACGGACAAGGAGCUGAGACGCAGGCUUGUGGAGAUGGGAGAGAGUCCGGGACCCAUAAGUCACCGCACCCGGCCAGUGUACAUGAAGAGGCUAAGGCGGCUGUUGCUGGAGCCGGACACUCAACAACAACUGCCGGACCAACCCCGAGGUCCUGCGCAGGGACACAGUCCAGAGCUGUGUGUGGCCCUGCGGACGUUGGUGCUGCCCGACUGCCAGGACGACGAGCUGGCGCUGUGCCAGCAGUUUGACCAACCAGACCAGAACAGGAAGUGGCGGGAGGGCGUCAUCAAGUCCAGCUUCAACUACCUGCUACUGGACCCCAGAGUAACAAAGAACCUCCCGUAUCGGAGUCAUUCCAUGAGCCCUAUAGAUUGUUUUCAGACUUUCAUCAGCGCUAUAUUCUACGUGGGCAAAGGCAAACGCUCCCGACCCUACAGCCAUCUGUACGAGGCUCUAGACUACCACCGAGGAGAUAAGACUUCUAAGAAACUGUGCUCCAAGGUGCAGCACAUCCUCCAGGUUUGGAAGGCCGAGCAGGGGGUGAUCUCUCUGCACUGCUUCCAGAACGUCAUCCCCGUGGAGGCCUACACGCGUGAGGCCGUCAUGGUGGACGCCAUUGGGUUGAAGAUGCUGACCAACCAGAAGCGAGGGGACUACUACGGGGUGGUGUCCACGUGGCAGUUGAAGAGGAAGAGGGAGCUGGGGGUGCACCUGCUCUACAGGGCCAUGCAGAUCUUCCUGGCUGAGGGAGAGAGGCAGCUCAGACCUCCUGAUAUCAGGGUGGGACAGUAGUGCCCCCCAGUGGGUAGAGUUGGGUACUGCACCAACAGAAAAUGAAAGCAUUUAUUGAACAAGGUGUUGACUAGUUUACUCCAUUCAGACGAAACUUGGGCUUAAAGGUCCAUUGCAGCUGUUUUUAUCUCAAUAUCAAAUCAUUUCUGAGUAAUAAUUAAGUACCUUUAUUAUGAUUUGUUUUCAAUUAAAAUUGUUAAAAAAGGAACAAAAAUAACUUCUUAGACAAAGAGCAAUUUCUCAAGCAAGAAUUUUGAUAGGACUGUCUAGGAGUGGUCUGAGUGGGGAGAGGAACAUUGAAAAUGUUCAAAUUUACAGCUUGUUGAUGCCUGUUGAUGUUACCAAAACUCCAUCCCACCAAAACAGGCUGACAUUUCAGACGGUCGAUUUCAAACAGCUCUUACACUAAAAGGGUAUUAUCAUAAUUUUCACAAUAUUAUUUCAAGCUCAUAGUGUGGGAAGUUAAUAAAACACAGGGAAACCACAUUUUUGACUGUACUGGGCCUUUUAAAGUGUAAAUGUUUUACUUAUUGAUGUAGAAAGAUUGGCUUGUUGGAACACGGGACCAAGAUAUAGGUUAUUUUUCUAUACAUUUUUUUGUGUCCAUGUCAUACCUAGGCUCAACCAGAUUCACCUUGGAGCUCUAAUGGUUGUCAUUUCACCUUUCUGUCAGUUCUCCAAUCUCCUCACCUCCUUCUCUAAUCCCAUCUCCUCGCCUCCUUCUCUAAUCCCAUCUCCUCGCUUCCUUCUCUAAUCUCAUCUCCUCGCCUCCUUCUCUAAUCCCAUCUCCUCGCUUCCUUCUCUAAUCUCAUCUCCUCGCCUCCUUCUCUAAUCCCAUCUCCUCACCUUCUUCUCAACCUCAUUGGAAGAGAAAUUCCAAGGUCCCGCCUGUCGGACCUUCUUCUCAACCUCAUUGGAAGAGAAGUUCCAAGGUCCCGCCUGUCGGACCUUCUUCUCAACCUCAUUGGAAGAGAAAUUCCAAGGUCCCGCCUGUCGGACCUUCUUCUCAACCUCAUUGGAAGAGAAAUUCCAAGGUCCCGCCUGUCGGUCCUUCUUCUCCAAUAUGUUUUUAGAAGGAGCCGAAGAGAAAGGUGAUGAAUUGAGAAAGAGACAGAAUGAGUCAUUGGAAGAAAGACUGAUAUUGAAAGCUUGUUCACUUACCUUAGCAUCAGUUAUAUAUGUACGUCCAUUAAAUAUGAUGCAGAUACAUGUAUUUCUUUAGCAGGAAAACCAUUAGGCUUGUAUUGUUAGUAGUAUGAUCAUUAUGUAUGUAUUUGUAGAUAAAGUCUACCACCAGAAUGAAAGCACUAAAGGAAAAAUAAUCGUGUCACAACCAAUGUAUGUCUAUGGUCAAAACACUGGGUGGAAGGAAAAACACUUUUACACACGUUUCGAGGAUUUCGUUAUUUACCUCGGUCAAAUCAAUUACAGAUUAACUUGAUUUAACUAUUCCCCCUUUUAACAAGUGAUCUGAUAAAUGCAUAGUUAAAAUGAAGUUUCCAAACAAAUGUCAAUAUCAUUAGCUAUAUGCCUAUGCUGGUUGUGCUAUGUCAAACUGGCAGAAGUUUACGUGUUCGAAUCAUCUCAUCCACAGAAUCUUUCAACUGUCUAUAGACUAUUUCGUCAAUGUAGCAUUCUUUUUCUUCGUUGUGUGUUAGGAUGUUCUUAUAAAAACCAAAA